UCAAUAGAUUUUACAGGAAAUGUUUCCCUCCGCAGCCAGCUAAAACCUGGCUGAACCCUCUCAGUAAACGACAUUUCCACUCCAGAUUUGCUCUUUUAAUGGAGUUGUCUUAGCGAAAUGCACGGAAAUAACACAUUUGAACCGAUUGAUUUUGGUAGCUAUUUAUCUAGUUCGCUGUUACCAGCUAGGAUACAUACAGACUGUUCUGAUCAACAGCUCCAACGACGUUACGCCGCAUCUCAACCAUUUGGUAAACAGUAACUGCACUGUUAUUUCUCCACUGUUAUUUCGUUAACGUCACGUGCAAUUUGUGCCCGGUUUGUAUUGGACCUGGCUAGAGCAGAGCCAUGGGGAAUCAGCUGGCAGGGAUCGCCCCCUCCCAGAUACUCUCUGUGGACAGCUAUUUCUCUGACAUCCAUGAUCAUGAGUAUGACAAGAGCCUGGGAAGCACUCGCUUCUUUAAGGUUGCCCGUGCCAAGCACAGGGAAGGUCUGGUAGUGGUGAAGGUGUUUGCUAUCCAGGACCCCUCUUUGCCCCUGACCAGUUACAAGCAGGAGCUGGAGGAGCUGAAGAUCAGACUACACUCCUGCCAGAACUGCCUGCCCUUCCAGAAGGCCUCUCUCACUGAAAAGGCCGCCAUCCUCUUCCGUCAGUAUGUCCGGGACAAUCUCUAUGACCGCAUAAGCACGCGGCCUUUCCUCAACAACGUGGAGAAGCGAUGGCUAGCCUUCCAGAUCCUCACUGCUGUGGACCAGGCUCACAAAUCGGGCGUGAGACAUGGUGACAUAAAGACGGAAAACGUGAUGGUGACCAGCUGGAACUGGGUGUUGCUCACAGACUUUGCCAGCUUCAAGCCUACCUAUUUACCGGAGGACAACCCGGCCGACUUUAACUACUUCUUCGACACCUCCAGGCGACGGACCUGUUACAUUGCACCAGAGAGGUUUGUUGAUGGGAGUAUGUUCACAACAGAGAGUGACCAGAAUACGCCUCUGGUGGACCUCACCAGCAACAGCCAGAGGAGCCGGGGAGAGCUCAAACAGGCUAUGGAUAUCUUCUCAGCUGGUUGUGUCAUCGCGGAACUCUUUACAGAGGGAGUGCCGCUCUUUGAUCUCUCUCAACUGCUGGCAUAUCGCAAAGGACACUUUCAGACAGAGCAUGUCCUCAUGAAAAUAGAGGACCGUAGCAUCAGAGAGCUGGUGGCCCAGAUGGUACACCGGGAGCCUGAAAAGCGCCUGACUGCGGAGGAGUACCUGAAGCAGCAGAGGGGUAACGCCUUCCCGGACAUAUUCUACACCUUCCUGCAGCCCUACAUGGCCCAGUUCGCCAAGGAAACCUUCCAGUCGGCAGACGAGCGUGUUCUGGUCAUCCGAAAAGACCUGGACAACAUCCUCCAUAACCUCCGCUGUGGAGGGCCUGGCGGAUCUUCUGAAAAGCCAGAGAAAGGGGCCCGCGAGUCUGGCUCGGUGUCAGCCAAGGAGGAGCAGGGCCUGGUGGUGCUGGUGUCGGUCAUCACCUCCUGCCUCCAGACGCUGCGCUCCUGUGACUCCAAACUGGCGGCUCUGGAGCUCGUUCUGCACCUGGCGGGCCGCCUGAGUGUGGAGAUUCUGUUGGAUCGCAUCACGCCCUACCUGCUGCACUUCUGCAGCGACCCGGCACCGCGGGUCAGGGCCCAGGCGGUGCGCACCCUGGCCAAGGUGCUGGCACUGGUCAAGGAGGUCCCACGCAACGAUGUCAACAUCUACCCGGAGUACAUCCUGCCGGGCAUAGCCCACCUGGCGCAGGACGACGCCACCAUCGUCAGACUGGCGUACGCAGAGAACAUAGCCCACUUGGCUGAGACGGCACUGAGAUUCUUAGAGCUUGUUCAGGAGAAUAAUCUGAACAUGGAGCAUGAUUUGAAUGGGGAGGACGCAGAGGAGACCCUUCACCCAAAUGAGAACUAUGACUCUGAGCUGCAGGCCCUGCAUGAGAUGGUGCAGCAAAAGGUGGUGACGCUGCUGAGCGACUCUGAGAACAUAGUCAAGCAGUCUCUGAUGGAGAACGGCAUCACGCGGCUCUGCGUGUUCUUCGGCCGGCAGAAGGCCAAUGACGUGCUGCUCUCCCACAUGAUCACCUUCCUGAACGACAAGAACGACUGGCACCUGCGGGGGGCCUUCUUCGACAGCAUCGUGGGUGUGGCGGCGUACGUGGGCUGGCAGAGUUCGUCCAUCCUGAAGCCUCUCCUGCAGCAGGGCCUGAGCGACGCCGAGGAGUUUGUCAUCUACAAGGCUCUGAACGCCCUCACCUGCAUGUGCCAGCUGGGCCUGCUCCAGAAGCCUCACAUCUACGAGUUUGUCAGCGACAUUGCCCCUUUCCUGUGCCACCCUAACCUGUGGAUCCGCUAUGGGGCGGUGGGCUUCAUCACCGUGGUGGCCCAGCACCUGAACAUAGCCGACGUCUACUGCAAACUGAUGCCUCACCUCAACCCCUUCAUCACACAGCCUAUCAUACAGAUCGACAAAGAGAUCGUGCUGCUCAGUGUGCUGAAGGAGCCGGUGAGCCGCUCAAUCUUUGACUACUCCCUGCGCUCUAAAGACAUCGCCAGCCUCUUCCGGCACCUGCUGUUGCGCCAGAAGAAGCGCAGCGGUUCGCUGCCAGAAUGCCCCAUCCCGGAGGACCCCGCCAUCGCCCAGCUGCUCAAGAAACUGCUCUCACAGGGGAUGACGGAGGCGGAAGAAGACAAGCUGUUGGCUCUCAAGGAUUUCAUGCUGAAGUCGAACAAAGCCAAGGCCAACAUGGGUGACCAGAGCUACCUGGGGGAGGCGGUCCAGAGCGGGGUCAUUGAUCUGGCUACACUCGGCAUCACAGGACGCCAGGUGGAUCUGGUCAAACCCAAGCAGGAGGCGGAGGACAAGAGAGCACGGAAGCAUCCCAAGCCUGACUCCAACAUGAACGAAGAGUGGAAGAGCAUGUUUGGCUCUCAGGAACCAGCGGUCUCCGUACCACAGCCCACCACGGUACGUAAAGGGUCUGUUAGCAGGAGUCUGGCGACUUCCCUCUGUCUUAUCCCUUCUUCCCACCGCCAGGUGCCUGAAGCCUCGGGCGUUCAGACCAGGAGAAACACAGCCUCUCCUGCUGUCCCCGUGGCUCAGUCCGCGGGCGGCGUCUCCACGUACCAGCGGCGUCUCAACACCUGCAAGGCGGAGCUUCAGCAGCUGGUGCAGCAGAAGAGGGAGCAGUGCAGUGCCGAACGCAUGGCCAAACAGAUGAUGGAGAGCGCCGAGUGGGAGAGCCGUCCUCCGCCACCAGGGUGGCACCCUAAAGGUCUCCUAGUGGCUCACCUCCACGAGCACAAGUCUGCGGUCAACCGGAUCCGUGUGUCAGACGAGCACUCCAUCUUCGCCACUGCCUCCAACGACGGCACUGUUAAGGUCUGGGACAGCCAGAAAAUGGAGGGCAAAACCACCACCACCAGGUCAGUGCUAACAUAUUCCCGGAUCGGGGGUCACGUGAAGACCUUAACAUUCUGUCAGGGGUCACACUACUUGGCUGCUGCAUCAGACAACGGCUCCAUCCAGCUGCUGGCCAUUGAGGCCAACAAGCCCCCCAAAUCACCCAAAGUCAACCCCUUUCAGACCAGGUUUCUGGACCAGAAGGAUGAUGGCUGUGUGGUGGACAUCCACCAUUUUAACUCUGGUGCCCAGUCUGUUCUGGCUUACGCCACGGUGAACGGUUCUCUAGUAGGCUGGGACCUGCGCUCCAACUCCAAUGCUUGGACCCUCCGCCAUGACCUCCGGCUGGGGCUCAUCACCUCCUUCACCGUUGACAUGUACCAGUGCUGGCUUUGCCUCGGUACAAGCAAUGGCACUAUGGCGUGCUGGGACAUGCGGUUCCAACUCCCCAUCUCCAACCACUCCCACCCUGCCCGAGCACGAAUCAGACGACUGCUCAUGCACCCCCUCUACCAAUCCUCUGUCAUCGCCGCCGUCCAGGGAAACAAUGAAGUAUCCAUGUGGGACAUGGAGACAGGGGACAGGAAGUUCACUCUGUGGGCCAGCUCUGCUCCGCCCCUGUCAGAGAUGCAACCGUCCCCCCACAGUGUCCACGGAAUCUACUGCAGCCCCGCAGAUGGGAACCCGCUCCUCCUCACCGCCGGCUCUGACAUGAGAAUCAGGUUCUGGGACUUGGCCUACCCAGACAGGUCUUACAUCGUGGCGGGGGGAGCCAAUGAACCGCUGCACUGCCCCUCAGUCCGCUACAGCUGCAAGAUCAUUGAGGGCACGGAGGUUGUUCAGGAGAUCCACAGUAAGCAGAAGAGUGGGGCCACAGAGGACGCCCCCCGUCGGGGCCCAGAGUCUCUCCCUGUAGGUCACCAUGACAUCAUCACUGACAUCGCCACCUUUCAGACCACACAGGGCUUCAUUGUCACCUCGUCGAGAGAUGGCAUCGUCAAAGUCUGGAAAUAAACUGAUUUGUUCAGGUCAUCCUCUCUCUCACUCACUCACUCAAUUCCUCAACAUCUUUUCCCCAGAGUUUUGAUCUGCUGUGAUAGACUUUUGUACAUAGUAUAUUUUGAAACAUUAAUAUUAAACAAGCUCAUAGAAAUCAUGUCUUUAAAGGAGUAUGUGUUUGUACUGACAUUGACAGAAGUCACAAUUAUGCAGUGACUGAUAUCUGAGAUUUUUUUAUGGUAAAAAGCAGCUGUCCAACAAUUGUCAAUAAAAUGGGGUAUGAUGAAAA